AUGCAUUAUGACGGUACUCCUGCUGAGAAACGCGGAGAUCUUACUCCAGAACCUGAAACAGAACAAAUUGAAAUUGAAAUUCCAGAAAAAAGAAACAAAGUUAAUGAGAACUUACCUUUUCUGGAACCUAACCCCCUUUAUUCCAGCUCUAGUCAAGAUCCUGUUGAUGAACCAUCUCCCUCAAGUGGAAGACCACAAAGAGACGUGAGACCACCAGCAUGGACCAAAGAUUAUGAGGUAAGUCGCAGUCUGACUAUGUUUACGUCAGAAAAUAAUGACGACUAUAACUGCUCUUUACUCACAUACAAAGAAGCUGUGACUGGCACCGACAGACGAAAUUCGGAGAGGGCGAUACAAUCUGAAAUGGAACCAUUACAGAAAAAUAUCAUCUGGGUAUUAGUUGACAAGUCAGAAGCCAAAGGACACAAAAUACUGUCCAACAAAUGCGUAUUACGGAUUAAAGAUGACGAUACGUACAAGGCUAGAAUAGUCGUACGUGGAUGCGAGCAGAAAGGGAAGCAGUGGGAAGUUUACUGUACCUGUCUACCUGAACCAGACCAGAUAUCGCACAAGCGGUCAAUC